UUCCAUGGACGCCGAAUGAAUUCGACCUUCGACACGAACCUGGCCAAGCAAUGGAUCAAAACAUGUGACACCGCUCACAGUACAGAGUGUUCGCUACCAUGUGUAGUAAAACGGCCGUCGAGAGUUAUAAACGUCAAAGAGAAACGUAUUGAGUAUACACCACCAUCUUGCUCAUAUAUAGCUUUAAGCUACCGCUGGCCAACCUCCGCAGGGCUUAAACUAACGAAUGACACUGAGAGUUCCUUAAUGGAAGACGACGGACUCGCCCAAGUCGAUGGUAUUCCGCUCAUAGUGGAGGAUGCAAUGACGCUAUUAAGGAGUCUGGGGCAGACAUAUCUGUGGGUGGAUGCUCUAUGCAUCUCACAACAAGAGAGAGACCCACAAAACUGUCUAGAUGACGAGAAGGAGGAUCAGCUUGCAGCUAUGGCAGACAUAUAUCGUGGAUCUUACUUUACAAUAGUAGCAUGCUCUGAUCCUGAUUCGAAGAAAGGCCUUGCUGGUAUUCGAGGUCGUACACGUCACUCGCAGAGGAGUAAGAGCACUGAUGAUCUUACCUUUGCCAUCGCUAAGCCCGACUUGGUUUACGCUGGCCAAAAUUCUAAGUGGAACUCUCGGGUUUGGACAUUCCAAGAAGCAGCUCAAUCGCGCCGGCUUCUGAUUUUUACCGAUGAUCAAGUUUUCUUUCAUUGCAAUGGUACCAUUUGGCGUGAAGACACGUUCCUAGAA